AUGGCUGAUCCUGUCAUCUUCCGGUGGCAGACAAUGAAUUAUAUCAUGUACCUUAUUGAAAAUUUCUUACAGGUGAGACCUGGUGAAAAACUGUUGUCACUGGAGGAACUCUGUGCUCAGGAGCUUAAUGAUCAUCGUGCUAUAAUUUUAAUAAAUGCUAAACUACCAGAAUUUGAUCCCACAGCAUUUUCCAUUCCAGCCGACGAAAAGCCACCAGAGACCAUAGUUACUCGAGCGUCUGUUGGUAAUAUCAGGAAAACUAGCAGAAAUAAUUCACUGGAUGAAAAAGCAGAGUCUCCAGGACGGUCUUCUUCAAUCAGUAAAGGAAGCGUUAGAGAGAAAGGAUCAAGGAAGGGGAAAGGGAAAAAAGAAGAAGAAAAACCAAAAGAAGAGGACAUGGAGGCAUUAAUACCUAAAAUAGCUGAAGUCCCUGGAAAAGUUUUAUGGCUCCCCCCUUUUGACCCCAUCUUGUUUGAUUAUAUUACUGAGAUUUCCAGAACAAUUCUGCCACUACCAACCACCAAAGAGCAGGUUGUAGCUCUUGCACAGUUUGUUGCAGAUAAAUUGGGCGGUCCCAUUGAAAGAGACAAGCUACAUGAAUUCAGCUGGGAGCUUCAUAUAAGUGAAAUUGAAUUUGAGCUUAAAUGCAAUGUAGUGCCUAUUGGAAAGAUCAGCAAAGGGACCUUCUACCACAGGGCUUUGCUUUUCAAGGUUCUGGGAGACAGAAUUGCUGUUGAUUGCAACCUGUACCGUGGCGAAUAUAAUAGAGGAUGGAAUGAGGUGAAAUUGGUUGAUGAUUCUCCUUUGGGAAUACCUGGACUUCUGCUUCCCCCUCAAGUAUUUAUUGUGGAUCUCAUGUAUCAGCCAGGCUAUCUCAUGAAAGAAGGAAGUCCAGAGGCAGAUCGUUAUCGACGGAUUUGAUUAUUUUUCUUUGAAACUUCUGUCUCUAUGUAUUUCUGUGCUUGUUAGCAUUUGUUUGUUUUAUUAACAUCCUACAGAUGGGCUUAUUUUCAAAGUUGGGAGUCUAGAUGGGCUUUUUCCUAGAAAUUGAGAGUUGGAGAGAAAUAGGUUCUAAGAGACACGAAGUUGGUGAUAUUUAUGUUCCUCAUUUUUAA